AAGCCAGCUGUGCAGUAAAGGGGAGAAAUCAUAGUUCAUAGUUCCCAGCAACUCAAGCCGACAAAAGCUAAAGCUACAGCAGAUCUACCAAAUCCAAAACGAAAACCCUUUUUUCGCUCCGCUCCGUUUCGACUCGCACUCCAGUCCGCCCAGAUGGAUAUGCACUAUCAGUACAAGAAGGACCACUCGUUCGACAAGCGCCGCAACGAAGGCGACAAGAUCCGGCGCAAGUAUCCGGACCGCGUGCCCGUGAUCGUGGAGAAGGCGCCGAAGACCCGCUACGCGGAGCUGGACAAGAAGAAGUACCUGGUGCCGGCCGACCUGACGGUGGGCCAGUUCUACUUCCUCAUCCGGAAGCGCAUCAACCUGCGUCCCGACGACGCCCUCUUCUUCUUCGUGAACAAUGUGAUUCCUCCGACUUCGGCCACCAUGGGAGCACUGUACCAGGAGCACUUCGACAAGGACUACUUCCUCUACAUUUCCUAUACCGAUGAGAACGUCUACGGACGUCAGUAGACUCGGGCUUGCCCCGCGUAAUUGCUUUGGCGGUCGGUUGAGUUUCAAUUGUCACUUUUUGCCAAUGGCACUCACUCACCCAAUAAAGAAUGACUGCUCCUAGCCAGCUAACCAGCAGUCAACCAGCAGCCAACGUCGUCAUCAUGGCUCACGCUGGGUUAACUAAUAA